UAUAAAUAAUCAUCAAUCAAUGAUGUAUGUCAUACAUCAAUAGAAAGAGAAUUUUGACGAGAAAAUUAUGAAACGUAAAUGAAGAAUAUGUCAGCCUUAAACUAAUUAAUAUAUUAUAUAAAUAGUAAUAAAUCUGCACAAACAAACUGAGCUGUAUAGAACAAAGCUGGGCUUCACGAGAGCGACCAUCGCCUAUAUAUUUCACUCCAUACUGUUUCCUUCAGGGACCCGCUACAUGAAGCUUUCUCUCUGGCUUCUAAUACUUUCGUUCUUAAAUAAACAAUAUUACAAUUCAUGUUAGAAACGAUUAAAGUCAGUGUUUCAUUAAUUCAAUGGUUAAAGAAACUUAAUUGAAUUCCAUACUCAGUACAUAUUUUUUGUCCGCUGAUCGCUAAUCACACAAAUCAUGAGCCACAGCACACACUACACGGCAUACAGUACACAGUACACAAUACACAGUAUACAGUACACAAUAUACAGUAUACAGUACACAAUACACAGUACACGUUACCCUGGUGACCUGCAUUUCGGCCAACCGCUUCGUCUCUAUUCCCGUCGAUUGCUAUAUUUUUUAUUCGGUAUUUAUGUCGGAUCACGCCGUCGGCCAUAACUCACUUUUAAACACGUUUAGUUAAUAUUUUUAUUCUCAUCUUCAAUAAAUUCAUAUUUUCAGUGCGUGUGCUAAAAUUACUUUGUAUAUAACCGCAUACUUUUGCUAAAAAACAUGUCAACAAAGCUUUUAACCCGCGGAAGAGAUAUUAUUUUUAUGUUAUUUCUUUUUGGUAGUAAAGUAUGCUUAUUAUCAGCUUACUUUAUUCUGUUUGUCGGCUUGUUUUCUCUUAUAAAACCGAACAAAAAUCGAUCAAAACGUUGUCAAUUGUGAGAGGUUCUUGUCGAUCAUUAAACAGGAGGAUCGAACUCUCAAGGUCAUUUCUUUACUUUCAAAGUCUGUCAUUUUAUCCUAAUACAUACAUAUAUUAAAAUCUAAUACUAUUUGAUGUUGAUGAGUUCGCAUGCUGUCAAACCUGGACAAUAUUUAUAAUUAUGAACCAACAAAUGUCAUGGUAAGUUCCUCUCGAUUCGAUAAAAUAAUACUUACGGUAUGAAACAAACGAUAUAUAUUUUCCAGAAGUAUGAUUGUAAGAAACAUAACUUUUCCAAGGAACAGAAAAUUUGUAGCGAAAUAUUUAUUGACAACGAACGAAAAACAAAGUGACGACGAAAGAAGCAAUCAGGAGGAGGUCGACCAAUCUCAUCAUAUAUACAAUACAGGAAAGGCUUCUUUGUUAAUUAUGGUUUUGUAUUAUUAGAAAGACGAAAACUUUUAUAGUAGAGGUCGUCGACCCGCCGGAUCGCAAGAUUGUAACGUUGACCUGAAUCCUGAAGUCUCAAUUCAUGAGUCUUAUUUAGAAACAUCCAGCUCGCUGUUGACUUAUGAAACAGUUUUAUUGACGUAUCAAAAAUUAUAAACACGCCUUGUCAUUCUUUGUACGCAAAAUAGCAUUUUGUUAAACGGGCGCUAUUUCUGCUCAUUUUAAAUCGGUUUUAUUGCCCUUAGUAAACUCAUUUUUAUUAUGAUAACAUUUUUAUUUCCACUUGUAUGAAUGUCAGCAAUUGUUAAUGAACGUUAAGAGACCUUCUGUCACAAAUAACUGUCCUCCAAGAAGGCGGACUGUGGCUCGGGUCGUUUGGUAUUUAAAUAUUUAUCCGUAAUAAUAUCAGAACUGUUAUAGAAUUGAAUGAAAAGAAAAAAUAUGUGGAAAUAUUGUUAUAGAACAUGGAACAUUUCGUUUCACAUUUACAAAGAUAUUGUACGAUUUUAAAGUUGUUUUGUGUCAUAACAUUGUAGUAUUAAGUAAUGUAUUAGAUCUACAGUCAGAUGUAGGUGUUCGCGUGUAAGGGACGAUGUCAUCGAUGGAAACUAAACAAUCAUAUUUUUAUUAUAAAUUGUUGUGUAUUAAAUAUAAAACGAGUUUCAUCUCUCCCGUAUGUAGAACACCUCCUCACAGACUAUAAAAUGUAAUCGUUGCGUUAUCUCGACGGAGCAUCUCACAGUCAUCAUGGCGAGCUGGCUCUUGGAAGAAAGCAACCUCCAGUUAGGGUCACAAAUAAAGUGUUAUACUCCUGAAGUAUCUUUGAUGUAUUUUCUAUAUGAAUUUGAUUCGGUCAUACAGUUAUAUUAAAUAAUUGAUUCUUUAUUAUUUUUCUAACUAAACCAAACGACCUUCUCAACUAAACGAACGCUGAAACAAUGUUUCGUUUCUUGUAAUAGAUCAUAAUAUUGACACAUUUAUUUUUAAGAUGUGUUACACGUGAUGCAUGAUAAGGAGUCGCUUCGUCUCGAUAAGACCAUCUUACACCUCAUUCCUCUACGCUAGGAGCGUGUGCUCACUGCUCAGUGAUAUAAAAUGGACAAAUUAUUGUUACUAUCGUGUUGUGUGGUCGCGAGUCACUGUUCCAACAUCUUAGUAGUGUUCCCAGUACCGGAGAGGAGUCAUCGUGUUCUGGGGGAAUCUAUAGUUAAAAUUUUAUUGGAGGCCGGUCAUGAGGUGACCUGGGUGACUCCUUUCCCGAGGGACAUAAAAUGGUCUAAAUUAGAUUACAUUGACAUUAGCUCGACUCUGAUACACGAGACAGAGACGGGAAAUAAUGACGACCAUGGCCCGAGUAUUUCAGAACUGAGGCUUAAUAUUCAGCAGCUGGGGUCUCGGUACGCAGGUCUGGCUCUCCGACACCCCGCCCUUCAGGAGCUGAUGAUGAAUACCACCGUACGCUUCGAUGCCGUGGUCGCGGAAUGGUAUCACUCUGGACUACUGGCUCCACUGGCAUCCGUCUUCGAUUGUCCACUAGUCUGGUAUACUCCUGAAGAUAUCUCUUGGCAGACAUAUGGCCUCGUGCAUGGAGAUAGCAGUCUCGAUUUUAUGGCUUCCACUCUUCAAUCCCCGAGCUACUCUCUCCCAGAGAGAUUAAGAUAUUUGUGGUCAAAACUCUCUUUUGGUGUUCGAAAUUACUUUCACAUAAGCGCGACUGAAUUGCCUGAAUAUGAAGCAUGUUACCUCCGCGCGUUUCAGUCCCGGAGGCGUGUCUUACCAAACUAUGAAGAAUUGGUUUACCAGGGAUCAGCACUUUUAAUUAAUUCUCAUCCGCCACUCGGACACAAAAUACCUCUACCAUUGAAUGCCAAAUUUGUGGGAGGACAUCAUAUUGUUCGAAAAGUCUCUCCAAUGCCUAAGAAUAUUGCAAAAUUAUUAGAGGCAUCGAAGGCAGGAGUUAUUUAUGUAAACUUAGAAUCGCAUGUCACAAGCGGAGAGGUGUCACAUACUGUUAUACAGGAGCUUAUAGAGAUAUUUGGUGUAGUUCAGCAAACUGUGAUAUGGAAGAGCGAGGAAAUCCAGUGGAGCCUUCCACAAAACGUGUUCAUGAUGAAGAAUCCACCUCAAAAUAUUAUACUGAAUCACACAAACACCAUAGCAUAUAUAAACCACGGCCAGAUGCUUUCAAUCGUGGAUGCGAUCCACUUUGGAGUGCCGGUCAUCGGUGUACCACUUCUAGAAGAUCACAUUGUCAACAUGGACUCUGUAGUGAAAAGAGGAUGCGGCAUUAAAGUUGACUAUACCAACGAGUUUGCCUGGAAGGUUAAAGACGCUGUCAACAGGAUACUUAAAAUGUCAAGUUAUCGUGAGCAAUCAAAUAAAGAUAAAUUGAUAUUCCGCAACCGUGUGGCGACUCCUCAAUCAGAAGUCCUGCACUUGAUGCAACUGGUGCUGGACUCAGAUGGAGCUGGACACCUGCAGUCCUCGACGCUGUUUCUUUCAGUCAUGGAGAGACAUAACUUGGACAUUAUUAUACUAGUGUUGAUGUUCUUUUGGUUCCUGAACAGGGCAUGGAGGUUGUUCGGUGCGUACUUUGUUUGGGGGGAAGACGACAGUGAUGAUAAAAAGUACCAGUAAGAAGUAUUAUUUAAUAAAAACAUAACAGAAAACUUUA